AUGUCCCCCACGUCGAAAAGACCGUCGUCACCAGAACACUCCUCAUUUACUCCCAUUUUCUUUCUUUUAAUUGCCGUUAGACUUUGGAUAUCAUUUACUGACGUUUCUGAAAUCUUGAAGAACGAUCAACAAUUGUCCUCUCCAUUGACUUCGUUUUCUCAAUUAAAAGAAGGAAUAUUCCUUUUCAAUCAUGACAUAGAUCCUUACUCGGGAGGAUCGUUUCGUCACUCCCCACUCCUUCUUUCCUUCUUUGCGACGGUUCUACCAAGUUCGAGGAGACUUGCGUCUGCGCUGUGGACAGCAAGCGAUGCCGUAGGCGCAUGGGCUUUGGUUGAAAUAUGGAGAGCCCGGCAAAAUCUUAGAAGGAGUUCAAGGGACCUGUUGGUCGCAGCAUCUUACCUCUUGAAUCCAUAUUUAUUCCUCCCUUCACUAGCAUUGUCAACAUCUUCACUUGAAAAUACUGCACUACUGCUUUCAAUAAUGUUCGCAUGUAAUGGCAAAGCAUCAGCCUCGUUAUUCCUAUUAUCUUCUGUAAUUCACCUAUCUUUCUCGUCGGGUGUAAUGCUCUUGCCCAUUCUUCUACUUCUCAUCACCGACCCUCACUCGCACAUCGCCUCACCCAAACCGCUGUCGACGCCUCUCAAGAAAGCAUAUCCCCUUCUUGGAGAAUUUCUAUUUUACAUGGGUAUCCUCACGUUGAUCUCAACCUUCGUUGCAGGGAGCUGGUCAUGGAUACCGCAGACUUGGGGUGCAACAUUAACGCUACCCGAUUUAGCCCCUAAUACAGGCCUUUGGUGGUAUUUCUUCACCGAGAUGUUUGAUCAUUUCCGCCCAUUUUUCUUGAUGGUAUUCACUGUCCACCUAUUCAUUUAUGUCGUGCCUGUUUGCCUCAAGUUCCAACACGAUGCCCUCUACGCGGUGUUCAUCAUGCUAGGCAUCCUGGGGACAUUCAAACCAUAUACAACGCUUUCAGACCCUGGCCUUUUCCUCACCGUAUUCGCUAUUUUUCCGGAAAUAUACCCAUAUAUGCGUUACCCCAUAGUCACCGUGCUUCUUCAUCUUCAUGCAUCUCUCCUGAUGCCACUGUUCCACCAUUUAUGGCUGAGCCAAGGGACAGGAAACGCUAAUUUUUUCUACGCAUCAACGCUAGUUUUCGCGUGUGCCAAUGGGGCUGCUCUCGUGGAUUGCAUUUGGCCGGGGCUGAGAAUAGCAAUUGGGCCUCAUGUUGAAGGAUAUUCGAUAGUGCAGGAGUAG